UUGUCACAUUUGUGUCUGGGCUCUUGUCGACUCAAAAUUUGACACUGGGCCAAAACUUGCCUCUCGACCACAGAGUCCACGUGAUUAUAGACGUCCCAAGAUCGCUAUAUAAAUAUUCCCAUGCACUUUGAUAUCCUGUUAUUAAAUUCGAGAGGCGUACACACACGAGGACACGGAUCAUACAGCUGGGUCCACAUGUCCCACAGCUUUAUUGCUCGGAAACUUCCUUCAUAAACUCCACUUCAUAAACUCCACUGAGGAUGGAGAGGUCAGACAACUUUACAACGCCCCAACUUCUUCCCCUGCAGAGGGCUAAUGACGCGUCCCAAACUGACAAAAACAACGGUAACGCAUACGUGUACAUUUUCAUAGUAAUCUCCUUUUAUGGGGUCUUCCUCGUUGGAAUAAUGCUGGGCUACGUUCGCUCCAAAAGGCGGGAGAAGAGAAGGUCGAAUGUUUUUACGCGUCUGGUGCACGAGGAGGAGCAGCGGGAAUGGGGCGCGCAGCAAAAGAAGCACAGCAUCACCAUGCCCUCCUUCCAGGUGUCGCUUCCCUUCUCCGCGGGGAUCCAGGGCCUCUAUGAAGGAAGGGUCCUGAGCUCCCCUCUGGCCUGCGCCCUGUGCUCCAUUGAGCAAAGCAGCGUCAGUUCACUGUGCUCCUCCGCCGACGUGCACCUCGCCAUCGAGGAGGAGUCAGACAGCGGGACCGCGGAGGGACCGGACGAGACCCCGAAGGGCAGCUCUCUCGACGACUUCGCCGAGAUACAGAUACUCUGAGAGGAACUGUGACGCGCAGAACAGAUGAUGAUACUGGAAAUAAACGCAUCAAAACUGUAGACUUUCCACCCCUCUACGUCAUAUAGGAAAUAAGUGGAUAAAUGAAUGACUGGUAACGAAAGUUUAGCUCGACAUAUGGAACAAGUGCUCUUUAACCAUCCGGUUCUGAGCAUUGAAAUGUACCUGGAACCCACUUGAAAUGUAUUUUCUGUAACGACACCCUCUUAACCUCUUAAGAUGUAGCCUAAUGAUUUCACUGUGCAGUGUUCAUGUCUAUGUAGGUUUACCUGGGGUUGUUGUGUAAAUUGAAGAUUAAAAAAACUAUGCUCUGUUUGAGAGAUAUGGUUCUUCUCAACUCUUCUUGGGAAAUAAAUGUUUU